AAUAAUAAUAGUAAUAAUAAUAAGAGUAAUAAUAAUAAUGUAUAAAAAUUAUGGGAGAAGAAAAAGAAAACUUCAAUAAUAGAAAAUGUGUAAGUAAUAGUUAUGGAAGAUUUUUAAAUAAUGGGGAUGUAAAUUACGAAGAGACAGAACAAUAUGCUGAAGACCAAAAUAUAUGUUUUAAAUACAAUGAGAAAAAAACUCGAUGUAAAAAUUCUGAUUUUUAUGACAAUUAUAAUAAAACAAAUAGCAGUAACAAUGAAUGUAUAAAUAGCGCACAUCUUUAUGAUAUGUUUUAUUCUUAUUUAAGUAAAAGCGAAAGAAAUAUUUUAAUGCAACAUGAAAAAGAAAAUAUGACAACAACUAAAAAAGGAAUGAACAACAUAUCAAACAAGUUUCAUUUUAGUAGAUUAUUACCUCAACUGCUUACAAAAUAUAAUUUAAAUUUAGAAAUGUAUAAUAAUAAGUUAUAUGUUUCUUUAUAUUUUGGGGAUGACAAUAUUGAUAUGAUUAUACCUUUUUUAAGAAAGGAAAUUUAUUUUAAAAAAAAAAAGGAAGAUAAUGUAAUUUUAUUUUUAGUUAAAAAAUAUGAAGUAGCAGAUGUAUUAAUUAAGGCUAUUUAUUUAAAUGAUAAAAUACAUUCUUUUGUAAAAAAUAAUAAAAAAAUCAAUGAACUAUUUUUUAACGAUGAUUUUAAAAAAAAUUAUGAGUUAUAUAAAAGCAUUGUAAAUAUGAACUUUUUUUUUCUUCGAAAAAAGUCACCUCAUAAAACUAAAUAUAUAGAUAAUGACGAUGAUAGUACCAAAAAUGAUAAUGUUAGUAGUUCCUUAAACGAUCAUGAUAAUAUGACAAAAAAAAAAUGUUCUUCAAAUAAGGAGGAUGAUGUUAGUUCUACCACUUUAUAUGAGCCCAAUUUUAAUUAUGAUCAUGAUCCUAACAAAAUAGAUAAGGACCAAAUGGUAGUAACCCCAAAUACAACCUAUUUAAUUAAUAUGUCACCUAUGAGUAAAAAUAUUCAAAAUACUGAACACACGUCAACUUGUAAAAUUAGUAUUGGAGAUGAAUUGUUAUCUUAUGAUGUUGAAACUAUGGGAAAAAACAACACAAAAAACAAUUCGUCUUUUUUACAUAACAAUUUCAGUCCCCAGUUUAAUGAUCUAUUAUAUAAAAAAAAAAAAAAAAAACGAGUAUAAAACAAAAGAUGAUAGUAUAAAUAAACAUAAAACUGAUCCUAAAGAAAAUAAUAAUUUAUGGAAUAGUACCUAUAUCAAUUUACUGAAUGAACUAGCACGUAUUAAUUCAAAAGACAAAAAAAAACAUGGUAACAUUUGUAAUAAUAUAGACUUGGAAAAAUAUAGCGAGUUAUGUCAACAAAAAGACAACAUACAGCAAUACGACCAGGAACAUCUGGAUGAACUAGAAGAAGAAGAAGAAGGAGGCGAAGGAGAAGGAGAAGGAGAAGGAGAAGGAGAAGGAGAAGGAGAAGGAGAAGGAGAAGGAGAAGGAAAAGGAGAAGGAGAAGGAAAAGGAGAAAGAGAAGGAGAAAGAGAAGAAGGAGAGGAAGGAAAAGAAGGAGAAGAAGGAAAAGAAGGAGAAGAAGGAAAAGAAGGAGAAGAAGAAGAAGGGAGAGAAGGUGAAGAACCAAAAAAAGGGUUAAAAGGAAGACCAAAGAUAGGGUUAAAAUGGGGGCAAAAAGGAAAACAAAAAAAAAAACAAAAAGAAAAACAAAAAGAAAAACAAAAAGAAAAACAAAAAGGAGGAUCAAAACAAUAUUAUCAAGAAACUUGUUACUUAUUAACAAAAGAUUACAAUACCAAAGAAAAAAAUGACAAGAAAGAAACAUCUUUCGAAUAUCCUCGAUUUAAAAACAAAGAACAAAAUAUAAUGAUGGAAAAAGAAAUAUUAAAAAAUCAAAAGGAAUAUAAAAAAAAAUUGAAAGAAGAAAUAAAAAUGAAAGUAAAAGAAGCAAAACGAAAAGAAAAAGAAGACAAGAAAAAAUAUAAAGAAGAAAUUUUACAAAAAAUAAAAGAAGAAAAGAAAAAAUUAAAACAAGAAAAAAAAAAAUUAAAAGAAGAAUUAAAAAUGAGAGAAAAGCAAGAAAAAAAAAAAGAAAAAGAAGAAAAAAAAAGACGUAGAGAAGAAAUUUUACAAUUAUUAACAGAAAAUAUAACGAAAGACGCUUACAACGAUUCCGUCAAUGAAAAUAUGAUAAACAGCUAUGAACAUACGACAGUUAAUGCGUUAGCGAAAAAAAAGAAAGCGGAGAAAAAGUGGAGAAAAAGCGGAGAAAAAGUGAAGAAAAAGCGGAGAAAAGGCGGAGAAAAAGUGGAGAAAAAGUGGAGAAAAAGCGGAGAAAAGACGGAGAAAAAGCGGAGAAAAGACGGAGAAAAAGUGGAGAAAAAGCGGAGAAAAGGCGGAGAAAAAGUGGAGAAAAAGCGGGGAAAAGGCGGAGAAAAAGUGGAGAAAAAGUGGAGAAAAAGCGGAGAAAAGGCGGAGAAAAAGUGGAGAAAAAGCUGA